AUGGCGGCGCUCGACAAGGCGCUCGCGACAGCGCACGCGCAGCUGCUGCAGGCCCGCGAGGAGCUGGCGAAGCCGCCGACGCGCAGCUUCCAGGACGCCUUCCUGGAGGCUCUGCGGCGGCCGUACGAGGCGGCGGCGCUCGCCCGCAGCAGCAGCAACCGGGGCGCAGACACGAGCACUAGCAGCAGAGAGACGCGAUGGCGCCGCUCCGACCUGCGCGACUUCCUGAGCCUCUACUUCCCGCAGUACGCGCAGCAGCCCGCGGCCUUCUCGGCGCUGUGCGCGUCGCUCGCCAAGAAGGACGGGGGCAGGAGCCACGCAGAGCAUCAGCAGCAGCAGAAGGAGGAGGAGGAGGAGGAGGAGGAGGAAUCCCACGGCAAUGACGUUGUGGUCGUCACGUUCGAAGGCUUGAAGCGUGUGUUGGUGCGCCAGUACGGCAGUACGAGGCUCGUGGCGAAAGAUCCGUUCCCGCUCGAGCCCUGCGUCGAGCCCAAGCCGGAGCGCCGUCCCAGCAUCGCCACGUUCGUCCCGGGCGCGACUGGCGGUAGCGACAACAGCUCUGAUGACGCAGCAGCAACUGCUGGUGCUUCUGCUCCGGUGCUGCGCGAGUUCAAGGCCGAAGUGAUGAAGAAGUCGAAGAGCUGGCUCGGACGCUGGCGAGCGCGCCACCUGCUGCUGCGCUGGGGGGUGCUGGAGAUGCACAAGCGCAGUCUGACGUCCAGGAGUUUCCGUCACGUGCACUCGUCGUCGAGCUCGGGGUCCACCGCUUCUGUUACCAGUGCCAGCACUCGUGGGGCUGAAGGCUCCAGCUCUGCGUCCUCGUCAGCAGUCACAGCUGCAGCGACUGCAGCCAAUAUCAAGACGUACGAUCUGCAAGACCUCGUGUCGCUGGAGCUAGAACAUGUAAGUGAUGUAGACUCGUCCUCAGCUCGCAAGGCGGCUCUGGCGCUCAAGUUCCUGACAACACUCACGCCGUCGUCCAACAGUCAUAGCAACCCUAGUGGCGCUGCCGGCCAAGACAUCAAGACACUGGUGCUCGGCGGGGGCGAGGCGUCCGAUACACUCAUCUCCAUCCGAGACCACGUCGCUACCUUUGCGCUGUAUCUCGAGCUUUCCCGGCGAGACCGCCUGCCGUCGAUGACCAAAGUACGUCGCUACAUAGCUGCCGGUGCCAAGGUGAACGUUCGUGUUCGCAUCCCUCGGAUCUCCCUACCGAAAGACGGAAAGGAUGCCUCGCGGAGACGGAGCCAGGUUAAGCAACCGCCACGAGGAAUGGUGACAGCUUUGCAGUUAGCGUUCUUGCAAGACCCUCGCGUGCCGAGCUUCGAGAGUAUGAUUGCCGUGCUAUUAAACGCCGGUGCAGAUCCACGCAGCCUCCUGUAUUGGGACUACGCGACCCAAGUGGUGUUUACACCUUCCUCUAGCGAGAAGAAGGAGAAAAGUGAGGAGCAUCACCAAAGGCGGCGACUGCGGAAGCGGUUGCUUCUUCACGACAAGAUCGACAGCGAUGGCGAUGAAAGUGCCAUGUUUCAGUGUUGCGAAGUGCAGGCGGACGACGCGGCUCGAUGGAACUUGCUUAUGUAUUUUUGCUGGCUGGGCGAUCUCGAGGGGGUCAAGCAACUACUUGCUGUGACGGGAGUUGGUGCGUCUUCGGGGAGUCAGGGCAGGACAUCGAGUCGGCAGUUGGUGACCUAUCUAGACCACGUCAACGCGGCAGGCGACACGGCGCUUCAUAUUGCCAUAAAGGCGGGGAAAGAGUCCGUAGCACUGGUGCUCGUGGAAGCAGCACUGUCGUCGAAUGCCCAGGCGGUGCAUCAAUGCGACGCGCGCGGUGAGCCUGUGGUGCAUAUCGCACUUGGCGCGCGACAAUGGCGUGUCGUAGAUGCCUUGGUGGCCGGAGGGGCAGUGGACCCGCGAUCUUACGAUGCUUUUGGAAACACCGCGCUGCAUCUCGCAAUCCAAGUACGUGCGCCUGUGGCCCUUAUAGCGCGGCUUAUUCAAGUCUACCGCCACUCAGCGCCAACUGGAGGCCUUGAUGGCCGAGCUGGUCGGCGUGGAAGCAACGACACCCCGCUGUCACUAGCACUCAAGAGCGGCCAACAGGAGGUCGUAGCGCUACUGCUCGCCUCCGGUGCCUCACCUUCUGGGUCGGGUUGUAAGUGGAGUCACGCAUUUGUGGAGAAAUGCGAUAGUGAAAACGAGGAGGACGUGGGAAGGAAUGCGGUCAUCAGCGAUGAUGAUAGCGCUCUCCAUAUUGCCAUCAAGGCUGGACUGGAGCUCGCAGCUGCAGCUCUGAUAGCUCAUAAGGCCGAUAUUUAUGCGGUUGAUGCGCGAGGUGCGUCGCCGUUGGCACUUGCAGUCCGCUACGGCUUAUACGCUCUCGCUGCAGCUCUCGUGGAUCAAUACCAGAAGAAGCAAAAUCAGGAUUCAAGCAAGACUUGGUGGGUAGAUGGUGAGACGGGAAGGCCCGUGGUGAUGUUGGCCUUCCAAGCUGGGCAACUCGAGCUAGCAGCACUUUUUCUCGAUUGCAUCGGCCAAGACAAGGAUAGCCAACGUCAGCUGUAUCCAGCACGGCUGCUUCCUGUGUUGGUGCAAAUAAGCUCAUGGUUGGGAUCAAGCACCAAAGCUAACGCUAGUGCCAGCAGCAACGAGUCUGGCGACCAAAAGAAAGCUCGAUCAGCGAGCUCUAACUCGUUCCCGUCAACCUGGACGCGUGAUCGCGCAAAAUCUCGAAGUGAUGGAGACUGGAAGCAGCUGAAGCGGGAGGCAACGCGUAGAGAUGGAGACGACUCAUCAAGUACGUAUGCGAAAAGCAAGGAGGACAGAGAGACUUGUACCUUUCUUCUUCGUGGGAUACAAGCUCUUGUCGUGAGAUUUCUCCAGCUGAGUACCAAAUCUGCAGUGACCGAGGUUGUCGGCGAUGGCAUGUUGCCCGCAUCUGUCUCUCUGUCGACAUUACCACUGGUGAUUCAUCUACCGACGACUGCCACCCCCACGAAGUCCACCCCGCCCAGAGUUUGUAAAGAUGACGAGCUGAUGGCAACUUCUUCACUUCACGUGGCAGCAGCGGGCGGACCUUCUUCAGCGUUACUCCGGCUGCUAUUGGCAUUUGUACUGACUUCCGAUGCUACGGCGGCCGCUCAAGUGCUCAUACGCCCUAUGGGUUCUCGUGCGGAGGCACCAUUACAUUCUGCACUAGCUGCAGGUGCGGCUGAAAACGCCUUGCUGCUGCUGUAUGCUUCACGUGAGCUUCAAGUGCGGAGCCCAGCUGUAGGCCCAACAUGCGCUCAACUGAUAGAAAUGACCAAUUUGCUGGGCGAUUCGGCACUUCAUUUGGCAAGUGCGUGGCCUCACAGCGCUGCUAUGCGUCUUGUUGUGGAAUUGCUGCUCCAAGAGCGUGUUGAUGCUGGAAACUGGAACAACGUCGGUCUAGCCCCGCUUCACAUCGCUCUGCGCGAGGAAUGCAGUGAUAUCUUCAUUGAGCUGUUCCUGCGGUACGGUCAAGACCUCAAUCUCUGGACGGAAGGUAAUGCGUACGAAGACGAAGAAGGAGAGGGCGAGUCGAGCGAGUUUCUUUCACAUAGUGGAGCAAGACCAAGCGCUAUCACACUGGUCGCUUCGUGCCCACAAAAUCCCUUGAUGCUGGCUCUGGAGUCGAAGAAUGCUGCAGCCUUUCGCGCGCUGGUGCGUGGUGGCGCGCGGACAAGGGCACUGAUGCCUCGUGCUCGUGUUGGGCUUCUACAGCUCGCAGUGCACUUUAAUGUGCGCGAUCCAGAGCUGCUGGCGUGCUUACUGGACGACCCCGAGCUUGAACACUCAGCCCAUUCGGACGUGGCUGAUCAGUGGGGAGUGAGCCCUCGUGAUGCACGAUCAAGGCUGAUGGAGGUGUGGAGAAGAGAGAGAAGUGGAGUUGACGUUGCUAGUCCGUCUGGCGCCCCUAGAGUGUCGCCCCCGCUUCGGAUAACUGUUCCGCGUCCACCGCCUGAGUCCGUGCCGUUGGAGACAGCUCAGUACCUUCGAGCUCUUCCACGGCCACCAACGCUGUCGCCGACGACGCUGGAAUAUCUUCGAGAAGAAGAGCGUGCGACUCUGACUCUCGUUGCACAGGAGGCGCGAGGUGAGGCGCAGGAUUGGCUUGCCAAGCGAAUCGGUCAGAAGAAGCUCCUAUCAGAUGCUCAUGCGCAACUACAAAACGUCAAGAAGCACAGGCGCACUGCCAGCGGGAGCAGCGUAAGUAGCAGCAGGGAUGGUCUGGAAGCGUCAAGCACUGAAGCUGGAGGUGCUCGCUCCGAAUCCGCCCAGAGUGAUCAGCAAUUGCUUGAGGAGCUGAAGGCGUCGGCGGCCAAGAAGUUCAUCGAGAAGCACGUUGCAGAAGCCGUGGCCGAAGCGCGGCUUGCCAUCGAGCGAGAAAAGCAAACCAUUUUCCAGGAAACUGGCCUGUACCCUGGCAUGACUUCGACGUCGAGGAAAAACAAGAAGAAGGGCGACGGGAAACAUCGCUCCCUACUUGUUCGUGCUGCAAGUUCCACCACGGGCUCGAUGCUCUUGCCUGCAUCGUCAGCGUCGGUGGCGUCAGUCUCAAGUGAAGAGAGCAAUCCAACCCAAUUAAGUGAAGAUGGCUACGGGAGUGCAAGCUUCUGGUGGUCGGAGCGCGGAACGACGUUUUUGAGCGAGGACAGCUGGCUAUCCAGCAGUAACCCGCGAGGAGGGACAAUGUUGAGUGAUCCUGCCUCGACUAGUGUUUCAUCGUGGGCUUCAAAUGGGCGGGGGACAAUGCUUGAUGGAAGUUACGAUCGACGUCUAUCGUUUGCUUCACGAAGCUUCUUAGACAGUGACGAUAACGACAGGCACGGCAAAAGCUCCAGAGACGAACGGGUAGACCAGUCGACAGACAGCUUCAUCGACUCUGAGCAUUUACCGCUGGACGCACACUAUUCCAACCCGUCGGGCCAUCCGCCCGUUCCCCACGUGAUUUCAGAGCGAAAUACAAAGGUCUAA